AUGGCGUCCGGACCCGAGUAUCUCCAGUCCGCCUCGGCACUCAUCAAAUCGCUCAGAGCAAGCAACGACCCCCCCGUCUCCCCCGGCCCAUCCAAGGCUCAAAUAGCUCUCGAAGCCUGGAACGCAAAGACUUUUGAUAUCCCCCGGAAAGCAGAGAUACUGAGAGACUGGAUCCUUGAGACUUGGUCCAAGGCUAGAGCCAAUAACAGCAAUAAUGCCAUCCUGAAGACAGAGUAUCACAGCCUCUUACUCAGAGUAGGAAAGACCCAUGAUCUCGCAUCCCCUGCCCCCCUCCAAAUACUUUCGACAUUUUUUUCCUCCCUGCAACAGAACGAAGACACAAUAUCGCUUCUAAAGUCGACUGCGAAGAGCUUUGCAGCCAUUUUCGACCCCCAAGAGAUCACCUACAAAACCGAGAGCUGGGUAGAUGCGUGGACUAGUCUAGUCCAAUUCUUGUCUCUGCAGUCCUUUUCUGCCCAGCAAAAUGCGCCUAUCAGUACCAUCGCUGGCCUGAUCGCUUCUGGUAUUGAAAGAAGCCAAUAUUCAAACACCAGCGCGAAAAAGAAUGCUCAAGCAGCCAAUGCUAUUUUCCCGGUGUACUGCCAGGCUUUCUUGGCUCAUGCCUACCUCAGAAAUCAACUCAAUGAUACCCUGUCAUCAAUCAUUUUCAAUACUGCAGUCCUUCAGGCAUCAGAGCCUCUUGGUGGGCUGUUCUCGGCGGCAGAACCCAAAUUGAACGAUGCUGCUGUAGCCCACGGCUGCCUCUUGGCAUUGCCUCCCAUCUUCAAAAGCCUGACCUCCACUUACCACCAAAAUUCUUCGACUUUGUUUGCUCAACCGUCUAGCAGCAAACUGCCCCAUGACGUUUUUGUCGCUUCCAAAGAACGGGACUCUGUCCGUCAGUCCCUGGAUCGAGUCCUCGUCUUUCUCGAGACACUCGAGACGCGAUUGCAGAACUUGCCCGCCAGCUCGGAAGUUGAAGAAGGCAUGGUGUGGCUCUGGGAGAGCAGAGCAGCGACUUGGAAGGCUCUCGCCGACUGGGGAGGUUACAUGGAAAGGGAAGAGCCUUGGGGCCGACUUGUGGAUGCCACGGCUAGACGUAUCGAGGCAGUGUUGUCAAAUUUCAAUACACAACCUACUGCUACCAACGAGAAUUUUUUGAGGGCUGCUAUCCAGACCUUGUCCAUCAUUGAGAAGGUGGAUCACGAUAGGACCAACAUAGGUCCCGAUCUAAUGCGAUGGGUCAUUGCCGCUCCCACAGCUCAGUCUGAUCACACCGAACCAUUGCUCUCCUCCAUCAUCCGAUAUCAUCAACUCACCCACACUCUCCCUUCACUCUUCGAAUUGCUCAACACGACAGUCGAAGGCUUUUUCGACCCCUCUAUUCCCGACCAGGCUGUCCCGCACCUAUACAGGCUUGUCAUUUGUGGCCCUCUUGGCCAGCGAGCCAUCAGAGAGGAUUUUGUAUCUGCUUUGAAGACGACCAAUCCCGGCAAGAGGCGAAGUCCUCAGUGGACUGGUAUCUUUACUGCAUUGGCUUCCAGUCUGCAAGCCCUCACCGAACCGUCAUGGGCCACUUCUUCUGGCCAACUCUCUGCCAGAUCUGCUGCUUUGACUGGCAUCAAAAGUCGAUGGAUCACCCGGUGUAUCGAGGCUGUCGUAGAUACUACCUAUGAUGGCGAGAUAGAGGGCGACGUAGUCAGCGACUUUGCAACCUUCCUCGACAAGUGGGCUCAGGCACCGCUCAAUAUACCCGGGCGAGCAAACGACGUCAAGACAGAGGCUGGGAGUGUCAACAGCGCUGCGCGUUUGAGGCUGACCAUCGCCGUCGAAAAGUUAUUGAACAGGAGCUGUACAACGGAGACGGGAGUCGAUGCUGCUCUCACAGCCAGAACUGCCAAUAGGGAACUGCUUUUGGCGCUCACCAAAUUAUCUUUCCACCGAGCCGCUUUGAACUUGCAGCUCGAUCACAAGGUCCAUGAGACCUUCCCCUCCGAGCUCGACGCUAUUGUGGAGUUUUGCUCAGGCAGUAACGCUCCUAAAAAUGUCGAUUCGGUCGAUCUUUGGCAGAUCGUCGUGGACAAUGCUGCCAUCAUCGAUCUCGUCGCUACCCCCAAACAACUGAAACGCUUCGCCAUGACCGUCAUCCGUGCUACUCACCACAACUCUAGCAUCCUGUCCAACGCUGGAUUCUGGGAAUUGGACCGUAUUCAGACAGGUGUAUGCGAAGGUCUCUCGGACUAUCUCAAAGAAAUCAGCGCUACACAACUCGUCGCAUUCCUCGAGAGAACGCCUCCGAAUUACCUCUCAAAGCAUGUGAGGACUGCCGCCGCGGACGCAUUGUGGAAACAUGAAGAUUUGGAUCAAGGGGUGCAUUUCUUGAGUAUCAUGGCGGAAUACUUUGAUUACACCGGGCCUGUGUUGAGCGACGACACCAUUUUCUUGAGGCUUAUCAAGAUCGCCGAAAAACCCAAUGCCGACAGAGAAUACGCUCGUAAGAUCUGGUCGAAGAUCCUGCUACGUCUCUUGAAAACUCCGCUACAGUACUCUGGCCAGCUUGACACGCUCCUUGUUCAUCAUCUGGACAACUUGAGGGCAAGGAAGGAGUCCCAGGAUUGGACGUUCCCGGGGGAACUUGAGAUGAUUGCUAGAACUGCUCAACAAGCCAUGGCUGCUGGACCAUUGGAGAGCUUUCCAUCCACGAACAGAACCCAUUUCUUUGCGCUGUCCGAGAAACUUGUUGCCAUUAUUCCUUCCCUUUUCAACAAUACCCACGCGACUCUGAAUCUGAGCCAUCUUGUCCCCGUUUAUGUCGUCGCUCGGCAAUUCGCCCGUUGGUCUGGUGUGCCAAUCUCCGAGGAGAAGGCUGGUCUCAAGUUAGCCCCAGGUGUUGCAAGGCUCAGAGGAGAAGAUGCGGGGAAGGCGACAAGGGGUGUGCUGGGAUUGCUGCUCGAUGAGGGCGAAGGGCUCGAUCAGGUUCUGGCAGUCACUGUCGUCUUCUAUACGGUCUUGCCUGGUGGGCAACUUGAUGAGAUUGUCCGAGAGACUUUCAAGGACCACAUAGACGAGGCUAUGGGUGCUUGCAUUCAUCUGUUACAGGCCAAUUCCGGCCGAGAAGAAGCGAUCCUAGGCGCCUUGCGGGCAAUGACCAAAGCGUGCAAUAAGCCCGAAUUGAUCCGGCAAGUUAUUCAGACUGGCAUAUCAUCAGCACCGAGCCCUGCUCGUGCCAUCAGCUUUAUCGAAUCCAUUGUCGAAGACAAGUUUUCAGUUCUUCAAACAGACGAUGCUCUUCUCAUACUCUCCGCCCUCUACGAGAUCCUCUUCAAUCCCAUCGGCAAUGAAACAUUCACCUCCAUCAUCAACAUUCUCACCAUCAUCGAUCGCCGAAGGCCCGAAUUGGUUUUUGCCACUCUGCCGCAGGUUGUCCAAACUGUAUGCUACAUCUUUCCCAGAUUCCAAGUCUCUCGCGCCGCGCUUCUUCAAGGCAGCGCCGAGAGACCCCUCUCCGCCGCCUCAUCGACUCUAUUCGCCCGUUACCUUGUCUCCCUGGCGCAAAUUAAACCAUCCCGCUCCGACAACCCACACGAGACAAGCCCCCUCGCCAAGCACGUCCCUGCCAUACUCGUGGCCUAUGUGCGGGCGUGUUCGGACCCAACGAAAGGGUACGAGGCUGCGGUGAGAAAGGAGCUGGAGAUAGGAUUGUUUGCGUUGUGCGACUUGACAACGAGUGGUGGUCGGGCUGGUGCUAGGGGAAGAGAAGGAGAAGGGCUGGGGGUACCAUUUGGGCUUGGAGAAGGACCGGGUGGAGAGGGAGAAAAGGAGCUUUGGGCCGAGUUGUGGAAGGGAUGGAGUAGAGGGAGAUAUGCUGGUCAGGGAUAA